GACGCCGCGGAAAUUAGGAAAUGGGACUGUUGACAUUCAGGGAUGUGGCCAUAGAAUUCUCUCCAGAGGAGUGGGAAUACCUGGACCCUGCUCAGCAGAAUUUGUACAGGGAUGUGAUGUUAGAGAACUACAGAAACCUGGUCUCUCUGGCACUACAUAUGAACGGAAGAAACAACCAGUCUUUGGAAAGCCCCAGAGAAACCCAGGACAUUGCAUAUAGAAUUGGAUUAAAUGUUCAGUCAAGUAUUUCUGAAGAGCAGAAAUUUGAAAUUACAGAGAAUAUUUCUAAAUGUGAUCAAUUUGAUGGGUCCUUUGUUAAAAGUUUAAUAUUCUUCCACCAACAAAUAAUACAGUUUUGUGCCAGAAUCAACAACUGUGAUCAGUAUGAUAAAGUGUUCACCAAAUUGUCAUUGCUUAAUCAAUAUCAAGGAAUAGAUAAUUGGGCAAAACAUAACAUACCCAAUAAAACUUUAAUGUCCUAUAUCAAGGGCACUUUGCUAAAUAAUUACCAAGAUAUACAUAUUGAUGAGAAAAAUCAUCAAUGCAAUGAAUCUGAAAAGACCUUGAACCAAGACUCUUGCUCAAGAAAAUAUCAGAAGUCUCAAUAUCCAGAGAUUCAGUACAAAUAUAAAAAAUGUGAGAAAGUCUUUAAUCAAGAUUUAAGGCUCAUUAAUGAUGAGAAUACCCAUAUUCAGGAGUAUUCUUACAAAAGUAAUGCAUAUGUAGAAGCUGUUACCCCAUCAGGAAAACAUUCUCAAAAUCAGGAAAUUCAUAGUAGAGAAAACUCAGAUAGAUAUAAUAAAUGUGACGCUUUUACUCUGUCAUCCUGUCUAAGAAAAUGUAACAUAAUUCGUUCUGAAGAAAAUAUCUGCACAUGUAAGCAGUGUGGCAAAACUUUUAAUCAGAGUUCACAGCUUCAACAACAUCAGAAAAUUUGUACUAGGGAGAAAUGCUACAAAUGUAAAGAAUGUGGCAAAGCAUUUAACCAUAAUUCUGGACUUAUUCAACAUCAGAGAAUUCAUUCUGGAGAAAAGCCCUACAAGUGUAAGGAAUGUGGGAAGGCCUUUAACUGCAGUUCAAACCUUACUCAGCAUGAGAGAAUUCAUACUGGAGUAAAACCCUACAAAUGUAAACAGUGUGGCAAAGCCUUUAACUGUAGUUCCAACCUUACUCAACAUCAGAGAAUUCAUUCUGGAGAAAAACCCUACAAAUGUAAAGAAUGUGACAUGUCGUUUACUCAGUUGGGGAGCCUUAGACAACAUCAGCAAAUUCAUACUGGAGUGAAAACCUACAAAUGUAAAAAAUGUGGAAUAUCCUUUACUCAUUUGGGAAGCCUUAGACAACAUCAGAAAAUUCAUACUGGAUUGAAACCCCACAAAUGUGAAGAAUGCAGCAUUUCCUUUACUCAGAUGGAAAGACUAAGACAACAUCAGCAAGUUCAUACUGGAGUGAAACCCCAUAAAUGUGAAGAAUGUGGCACAUCCUUUACUAAGCUUUCAAUCCUUAGACAACAUCAGAGAAUUCAUACUGGGGAAAAGCCCUACAAAUGUCCAGUGUGUGGCAAAGCUUUUAACUGUAGUUCAAACCUUACUCAACACCAGAGAAUUCAUACUGGAUUGAAACCCCACAAAUGUGAAGAAUGUGGCAUAUCCUUUACUCAGCUGGGAAGCCUUAGACUACAUCAGCAGAUUCAUACUGGAGUGAAACCCUAUAAGUGUGAAAAAUGUGGCACAUCCUUUACUCAACUUGGAAGCCUUAGGCAACAUCAGCAAAUUCAUACUGGGGUGAAACCCUACAAAUGUGAAGAAUGUGGCAUAUCCUUUAGUAGGAUCUCAAUCCUCAGGCAACAUCAGAGAAUUCAUACUGGGGAAAAACCUUACAAAUGUGAAGAGUGUGGCAAAGCCUUUAACUGUGGUUCUAGCCUUACCCAACAUCAGAGAAUUCAUACUGGAUUGAAACCCUACAAAUGUAAAGAAUGUGGCAAAUGCUUUAACCGCAGUUCACACCUUACACAACAUCAGAGAAUUCAUAACGGAGUGAAACCUUACAAAUGCAGUGAAUGUGACAAAGCCUUUAACUGUAGCUCACACCUCACUCGACAUCAGAUAGUUCAUACUGGAGGGAAACCCUACAAAUGUAAAGAGUGUGGUAAAUCCUUUACCCAGUCUUCAGGCCUUAGACUACAUCAGCGAAAACAUGCUGGAGUGAAACCCUACAAAUGUGAAGAAUGUGGCAUAUCCUUUAGUAGGUUUUCGAUCCUUACUCAACAUCAGAGAUUUCACACUGGAUUGAAACCCUACAAAUAUAAAGUAUGUGGUAAAGCCUUUAAUAACAGUUCAAGCCAUACUCAACAUCAGAGAGCUGGUACUGGGAAAAAAGCAUACAAAUGUAAAGAAUGUGGCAAAGCCUUUAACUGUAGUUCCAAUCGUAUUCCACGUAGGAGAAUUUAUACUGUAGCAAAACCCCACAAAUGUGAACAGUGUGGCAUAUCUUUUGCUCAGCUGGGGGGCCUUAAACAACAUCAACAAAUUCAUACUGGAGUGAAACCCUACAAAUGUGAGGAAUGUGGCACAUCCUUUACUAGAUUUUCAAUCCUUAGACAACAUCACAGAAUUCAUACUGGAGAAAAACCCUACAAAUGUGAAGAUUGUGGCAAAGCUUUUAUCUGUAGUUCCAGCCUUACUCAACAUCAGAGAAUUCAUACUGGAGUGAAACCCUACAAAUGUAAAGAAUGUGGGAAGACAUUUAACCGUAGUUCCCACCUUACUCAACAUCAGAGAAUUCAUAGUGGAGUGAAACCCUACCAAUGUAAAGAAUGUGGCAAAGCCUUUUACUGUAGUUCACACCUUACUCGACAUCAGAGAAUUCACACUGGAGAAAAACCCUACAGUUGUAAAGAAUGUGGUAAAUCCUUUAACCAGUCUUCAAGCCUUAGAGAACAUGAGAGAAUUCAUACAAAAAAGAAGCCCUACAAAUGUAAAGAAUAUGACAAAAUCUUUUACCGUGGUUCACAACUCACUCAACAUCAGAAAAUUCACACUACAGAAACUCUGUAG